AUGACGGUGUUUCACUUCUUCAAUUGUGCGAUUUUAACGUUUGGCCCUCACGCCGUUUACUACUCCGCUACUCCCUUGUCUGAAUAUGAUACACUGGGGACAUCCAUUAAAGCUGCCGUUGUUUAUCUUGUAACUGCACUAGUAAAGCUUGUUUGUUUGGCCACGUUUCUAAACGUAUCAGAGAGUGACAGUUUUGACCCAUAUCAGGAAUUGUUGAAGGCUUUGAUUGGAUUCAUAGAUGUUGCAGGGCUUUACUUUGCCUUGACUCAGCUGACUCACAGGAAUAUCUCCCAAAAUCACAAGUUUCAGGCUGUUGGACUUGGAUGGGCUUUUGCUGAUUCUGUUCUGCAUAGGUUGGCACCCCUUUGGGUUGGAGCCAGGGGCUUAGAGUUUACAUGGGAGUAUAUUUUGCAAGGCCUAGAAGCAAAUGCCAAUCUGGUACUUAGUAUAUCACUUGCUGCUUUGGGAUCUUUGAUGUGGUUGCGGAAGAACCGGCCAAAGACUUUGAUUCCUAUCAUUUAUGCAUGUGCAGGGAUAGUCGCAACAAUGCCAUCGAUUACAAGUUACUUGAGGCUAGGAUUAGGAUGGCAAUUCCCAAAGGUAGUAGGCUUUGAACUUUUCACUUCUUUGGUGAUGGCUCUUAUCAGCUGGCAGCUGUUUUCGGCAUGUCAGAGAUCAUAA